UGCUUGCUAGACACCCGAGAAUCACCAAACUGAAACUCCCGUUCGACCUCAUUCACCCCCAUACUGUUCACCCCACACGUAGUGAGAGAAAUCUAUCUUAGAUAGAUAGAUGUUGACUUGUAAGGAAAGAGCGUUUUGUACUUUGGUCUUUUGCUUGAGAUAAUAUUAGAAGAUUGAUUGUGUGUUUGUGUGCAAUGCUCUGCUUGCACUGAGCCGUAAACUGUCUCGAGCCAUUCCUGGUGACGUCAUGAACCGGUUGUUUGACGUGGUAUCUGCCGCAGCGCCAGGACUAUGGAAAUAUGACCGACAAUGACCUCGACCGCAGCGCUUGUUGGUUUAUUGCUCGUAUCGUUUAAAUUCGACACUUGUAAAUACGCGAUUUUAUCAUUGCUGAAGUUGUUGUAAUAGUCAUUUUUUAGAUUAAAUCCGUGCAUUUGGUGUUAGGUCAUUAUUAGCCACGCGCUUUUUCUUAUCUCGAGACGGAGCGCGGCACAUUCAUCAGCACGUAUAUCUGUGUGUGUUUUGAGGCUUACAAGAGUCGUACGCUGUUGACAAUUCCUGUGCAUUGAAAUAUGGAUAAGGCAAAAUCAACGAUGGAUCAGAAAGGUUCUGGUCCUUGCAACACAAACAUGCACAACAAGGCAAUCCGGCGACAGCUGAGCAACGGGAGCUGUAGCCCAUACAGUCCAACGGACGAUAAUUACCACCAUCUUCACCACGACCCUCAAACCAACGGCUCUCCGGCGAAAAGGUGUCGGCUGCGGAGGCGAUUGGAGUCGGCAAAGAAAAACAGACCGCCCUUUCCAUGGUUUGGGAUGGAUAUUGGUGGUACUUUAGUAAAACUUGUGUACUUCGAGCCAAAAGACAUCACUGCUGAGGAGGAGCAGGAGGAGGUGGAGAAUCUGAAGAGUAUACGCAGGUACCUCACCUCCAACACAGCCUACGGAAAAACCGGCAUCCGUGAUGUGCACCUGGAGCUGCGCAACCUGACCAUCUGCGGUCGCACAGGAAACCUGCACUUCAUCCGCUUCCCCACUGCCGCCAUGCAUAGAUUCAUACAGAUGGGCAGAGAUAAGCACUUCUCAAGCCUGCAUACCACACUGUGCGCCACCGGAGGUGGGGCGUACAAGUUUGAGAAUGACUUCAGAUCGAUGGCAGACCUAGAGCUGCUGAAGUUGGAUGAGCUGGACUGUCUGAUCCAGGGCCUGCUGUACAUAGACUCGGUCGGUUUUAACGGUCAUCCUGAAUGCUUUUACUUUGAGAACCCCUCCGACACACAGAACUGCAUCAAGAGACCCUGUUGUCUUGACAACCUUUUUCCCAUGUUGCUGGUCAACAUUGGCUCGGGCGUCAGUAUUCUGGCAGUGUACUCCAAGGACAACUACAAACGCGUGACAGGCUCCAGUCUUGGAGGAGGGACAUUUUUGGGGUUGUGUUGCCUGUUGACGGGUUGUGAGACAUUUGAAGAGGCCCUUGAAAUGGCCAGCAAAGGGGACAGCACCAACGUGGACAAACUGGUGAAGGACAUCUAUGGAGGGGACUACCAGCGCUUCGGCCUACAGGGGUCUGCGGUGGCUUCAAGUUUUGGUCACAUGAUGAGCAAAGAGAAGAGGGAAAGUAUUUCUAAAGAGGAUUUGGCCCGAGCAACACUCGUCACCAUAACCAACAACAUUGGCUCCAUCGCACGCAUGUGUGCAGUCAACGAGAAAAUCGAACGGGUUGUUUUUGUGGGGAAUUUUCUGCGUAUAAACACCGUGUCUACAAAGCUUCUUGCCUAUGCUAUGGACUUCUGGUCUAAGGGCCAGCUGAGGGCCCUUUUCCUGGAACAUGAGGGAUACUUUGGAGCUGUUGGUGCUUUUCUAGAACUGCUGAAGUCUUCUGAGGACGCAUAAAGUAAUGGAAUCCUCAUCUCUCAUCAUCCAGAAGCUGCUUUAAGACUUCAACAAAGAAGCUCCAACAGGAACACUGGAAUACUGGAACACUGGAAAAUCUGAAAGAAGCCAUUAUAGUAAUUAACCUGUAAAUAACCCUUAAAAUAAGAUUUUAAAGAAUAUUUUUAUGAGUAACUUAACCUCAGACUGAUGACUAACGGAAUCUAAUUGUUAAUUUGUUUUCCUUUAGUUGUUCUCAUUUUGUACUGUUUGUAAAUAUUAUUGUGUAGUGAACAGGGAGAGUUUACUGAUGGCCAAAACCUGCUGUUUAAAGAUUUGCUGUUCUUGACCAGCCACCAGCAGACCCAAAUGAUGUUUAACACACUAUUUUAAUUCAGAUUUAAGCAUCAGGUGCUGUGUCAGGAAUGUGUCCCGGCUGUUUGGGAUACAGAUCCUCUAAGUAAAGACGUUGACACUGUUCUCUGUACAAGCCAUUUCUGGUUGCAUCUCCUUUCACUCUUCCACUUUGCUACAGUUAACAGUUUUCCAUGUAAUUUUAAACAGUUCAGUUUAGAAUCACUGUUCACUUUUAUUAUAUAUAUAUAUAUAUAUUAGCGCUGAUUCACAUGAAGCCUUUUAUUCUAAAAGUAUUGACAAAAAGCUCAGGGUGUCUCACUUUUAGUUCUGAGAGGGAAUUCUGUGGGACCAAGUGGCCAAUUUGACCUUUCAGAUAAUAAGUUCCCCUAACAUCCCACAUUUUUUUGUCCUCUUUGCCUCUGUUUUUUUUCCAUGCUGCCUUUUCCUAUUCUUUUUUUGUAUCCAAACCUAAACUACUUCAUUCAUCUUAGUCAGAAUGCAUAGUCAUAUAUGCAUAUACUUCCUCUUUGGUUGCCUUCCUCCCAUCUAUGGUUGAAAAAAACAGCACUAACAGUAUUCAAAGUAGCAGAGAGAUGACAAAACAGAAGGAUUAAUUCAGUGUGACAGCUAUUACCCACAACACCCCUUACUUCACCAUUCAAAUAUCAAACAUGUUUAGACAGUUCAAAGACUCGCCCAUUGUGUUGCCAUUGUAGUGCCAAACUGAAAAGUGGAGGUGUCAAACCAGACAGCCUACCAAUACAAGCAUUCCUGUUUUACCACCAGGCUAUGCACAUCAUUACUUCUCCCAAAAGUCACCUAGCAUUAUAAUGUUAAAAUGAAAUUCAAUAUGUAAUCAAAAAUAAAAAAACACUACUCCCUUACUAGUUAUAUGAUGUUCUUUAGUCCUCCUUGCUGUCUCUCAUGCCUUCUAUGUGAUUGCUCUCUUCUUUUUACUGAAUUCUAAGAAAAAUCUGAAUUUGUGCAUAUAUUUUUGGGACCUCAUGUCAACUGCAAUAUUUUCUUUUUCAGAAAAUGCCUAUCUAGGUGUUUUUUUCUUCACCUUUUAUGUGAGCUUUUUGGGGGUUAUAAUUGCUAGGUAAAAAUGUUGUAUUGCUUUAUAAUAUUUAAUUAUUGCUUUGGUUGGCCUUGUAUGUUUGGCAUUAAAUUAUUUUCAUUCUUGCUUUG